CCUCUUGAAAUUUCCCUCCUCUUCUCUUCUAUCAGAUCCUUUCUUUUCUUUUCUUUUCCAUUCCUUUAUUCUUCUAUGAAUUAGGUUGAGAACCCAAAAAAUUUCCAGUAAUUUUAUUGACUGGAUAAGAAUUUGGGAUACUGGGAUUUCUAUCUUCUUCUCUUCUUCUUUUUUUUUUUUUUUUGCCUCCUUUUCUCCUUUGUGUUGAAGGUUGAAGAGGAUUAAAAAAAUGGCGUGGAGGAAUGAGAUUGUGAUGCGUGACGUGUUUAAUGCUGGGCUUGCCAUCAGCAACUGUAUAAGCAGAGAUGUUGGCUCUCAGCUUGACCUGGAAGAAGCUCUGGAAGCUUCUAGAUAUGCUAGUCAUCCCUAUACUGCUCAACCCAGAGAGCAUCAAAUUGGUGUGCAUCCUGUUGCAGUGGCCCCCUUUAGUUGAAGUUGUGGAUACUUGGGAGUUGCCUCCUGUCCUCAUUGAAAGAUACAAUGCAUCUGGUGGAGAGGGAACAGCUUUAUGUGGAAUAUUUCCAGACAUACGCAGAGCAUGGGCAUCGGUGGAUAACACGUUAUUUAUCUGGCGGUUUGACAAGUGGGAUGGACAAUGUCCUGAAUAUAGUGUGGAUGAACAAGCCAUUUGUGCUGUUGGCUUAGCUAAAGCCAAGCCUGGCAUUUUUGUUGAGGCCAUCCAAUAUCUCCUCAUAUUGGCCACUCCUGCUGAGUUGAUCCUUUUAGGUGUUUGUUGUUCUGGGAGGGGUGAUGGCAGUGAUCCAUAUGCUGAGGUUGUGCUUCAGCCGUUGCAUGAGUAUAGAAUUCCAUCUGAUGGAGUGACAAUGACAUGUAUUACUUGCACUGAUUGGGGUCGAAUUUUUCUUUCUGGUCGUGAUGGCCAUGUUUAUGAGAUGCAAUAUACCACUGGUUCCGGUUGGCAGAAACGUUGUCGUAAAGUUUGUGUAACUGCAGGUUUGGGAAGUGUCAUUUCAAGAUGGGUUGUGCCAAAUGUGUUUAAAUUUGCAGCUGUUGAUCCUAUUGUUGAAAUGGUUGCCGAUAAUGAGAGACAUAUACUCUAUGGAAGGACUGAACAGAUGAAAAUCCAAGUUUUCUCACUGGGCCCAGGAGGGGAUGGGCCACUUAAGAAGGUUGCAGAGGAGAGAAAUUUGAUCAGCCAGAAAGAUCCAUCCUAUGGUGGCAGGCAGCCAACAGGGUCAAGGCUUCCUUCUCGAUCAAAUAAGACAUCUAUGGUUUCGAUAUCACCUUUGUCUAUCUUAGAAUCAAAGUCGCUUCAUCUGGUCGCUGUUUUAUCAGAUGGAAGAAGGAUGUACCUUACGACUGGGCCAUCAGGUGGAAAUAGCGGUUCCCUUGGAGGUUUGGGUGGUCUUGGAAGCAAUCUUCAGAGACCAAGUUGUUUGAAAGUAGUUGCAACCAGGCCUUCUCCUCCUUUGGGUGUGGGUAGUGGUCUUGCGUUUGGAGCCAUGGCCCUCUCUGGUAGAUCUCAGAAUGAAGAUCUAUCGCUUAAGAUAGAAUCAGGUCAUUAUUCAGCUGGAGCUCUUGUUCUUUCUGAUUCAUCGCCAUCAACUAGUUCUUCUCUUCUAAUUGUCAACAGGGAUUCAAGCACACAAGCUUCAUCCACUGGUUUGGUAGCUGGUGUUCGAAGCACUCGUGCACUAAGGGAGUUGGUCUCAUCCCUUCCUAUCGAAGGUAGAAUGCUUUUUGUGGCAGACGUACUACCUCAUCCAGAUACAGCUGCCAUUGUGCAGUCUUUAUAUUUACAACUAGAAUUCUGUGGAUUUGAUGGUACGUGGGAAUCCUCUGAAAAGGCAUCUCGAAAGCUCUGGGCGAGAGGUGACCUUUCAACCCAACAUAUACUGCCAAGAAGGAGAAUUGUUGUUUUCAGUACCAUGGGCAUGAUGGAAAUAGUAUUUAACAGACCGGUUGACAUCCUGAGAAGGUUGUUGGAGUCAAGCUCACCAAGAUCACUGUUGGAGGACUUCUUCAACCGUUAUGGAGCUGGGGAGGCAUCUGGAAUGUGUUUAAUGCUGGCUGCCAGAAUAGUCUGUGCUGAAACCCUCAUAAGCAAUAUCGUUGCUGAAAAAGCAGCUGAAGCUUUUGAGGACCCAAGACUAGUUGGAAUACCCCAGUUAGAAGGCAGUGGUGCAUUGUCAAACACACGAACUCCAGCUGGUGGUUUUAGCAUGGGACAGGUUGUUCAAGAAGCUGAGCCUGUAUUUUCAGGUGCUUAUGAAGGGUUGUGCCUGUGUUCAUCAAGGUUACUUUUACCAUUGUGGGAGCUCCCAGUAUUUAUUGCAAAAAGUGGCACAAGUUCUUCAGACAUGGUUGUAAUAUGCAGACUCCCUGUUGGGGCAAUGCAAGUUCUCGAAGAUAAAAUCCGCUCUAUCGAGAAGUUUUUAAGUUCACGAAGGAAUCAGAGAAGAGGGCUUUAUGGUUCUGUUGCUGGUCUGGGGGAUGUGACUGGUUCAAUUCUGAUAGGGACUGGUUCAGAUAUGGGUGUGGGUGAUAGAAGUAUGGUUCGAAAUUUAUUUGGUUCUUAUUCUCGUAAUGUUGAAACCAGUGAAGGUGGAUCAUCAGCUAAAAGGCAGCGACUUCCUUAUACUUCUGCAGAACUAGCUGCCAUGGAGGUGAGAUCGAUGGAAUGUAUCAGACAGUUGCUGCUCAGAUGCAGUGAAGCCCUCUUUCUUCUCCAACUUCUUUCACAGCAUCAUGUAACACGCCUGAUUAGUAAUUUUGAUGCAAAUACUAGGCAAGCUGUAGUUCAGUUAACAUUUCAUCAACUAGUUUGCGAGGAAGAGGGUGACAAACUCGCUACAAGGCUUAUAGCGUCUCUGAUGGAGUAUUACACUGGUCCUGAUGGCAGGGGUACAGUUGAUGAUAUUAGUGGCAGACUGCGGGAUGGUUGUCCAAGCUAUUUCAAAGAGUCUGAUUAUAAAUUCUUUCUUGCUGUUGAAUGUCUUGAGAGAGCUGCGGCUACUUUUGAUGCAGAGGAGAGGGAAAACCUGGCUAGAGAGGCCUUCAAUUACCUGAGCAAAGUUCCAGAGUCUGCAGACCUACGUACUGUGUGCAAGCGUUUUGAAGAUUUGAGGUAUUAUGAAGCUGUUGUUCGUUUACCUUUGCAAAAGGCACAGGCUUUGGAUCCUGCUGGUGAUGCUUUGAAUGAGCAAAAAGAUGUCAGGGAUUUUGCGCUUGCCCAACGUGAGCAGUGUUAUGAAAUUAUUGCCAGUGCUUUGCGUGCCUUAAAAGGUGAUAAUUCACCAAAGGAAUUUGGGUCUCCAAUAAAACCUGUUGCUCAAUCUGCACUUGAUCAAGGCUCUCGUAAAAAGUAUAUAUCCCAGAUCGUCCAACUUGGUGUCCAGUCAUCUGAUAGAGUUUUUCACGAGUAUCUAUAUCGGACAUUGAUUGAUCUAGGCUUGGAAGAUGAGUUGUUGGAAUACGGAGGCCCUGAUUUGGUGCCUUUUUUGCAAAGUGCUGGUCGUGAACCUUCACAAGAGGUUCAUGCUGUUUUGGCGGUGACAUCUUCUACUUCUCCACUUGGACAGUCAAGGUUGCCUAUUGCACUUCAUCAAGCGAAAUAUCUUGAGCUUCUGGCACGAUAUUAUGUUUUGAAAAGACAGCAUAUUCUUGCUGCUCAUGUGUUGGUAAGACUGGCCGAAAGACGCUCGACUGAGGGUGGAUAUGCUCCUACUCUGGAACAAAGGCGUCAGUACCUGAGUAAUGCCGUGCUUCAGGCAAAGAGUGCCACUGAAGUUGAUAAUACGAGUGUUUCAGCACGAGGCUCUCUUGACAAUGGACUUCUGGAUUUGCUUGAAGGAAAGCUUACUGUUAUUCAGUUCCAAAUCAAAAUCAAAGAGGAACUAGAGGCUAUGGCCUCUAGAUUAGAGGCUUCUCCAAGCACAGUCAACUCCGUUUCAAAUGACUCACAACAAGAACAGAGCACCUCCCCCAAUGCUGAUUUGAUCCGUACUAUAUCAGAAAAGGCAAAAGAGUUGUCCUUGGAUUUGAAGAGCAUCACUCAGCUAUAUAAUGAUUAUGCUGUUCCAUUUGAGCUCUGGGAGGCAUGUCUGGAAAUGCUGUACUUUGCUAGCUAUUCUGGUGAUGCUGAUAGUAGCAUCGUGAGGGAGACCUGGGCCAGACUCAUUGAUCAAGCUCUUUCGAAGGGUGGCAUUGCCGAAGCUUGUGCAGUAUUAAAGAGGGUUGGCUCCCGUCUUUAUCCUGGGGAUGGAGCAGUCUUACCAUUAGACACAUUGUGUCUACAGCUUGAGAAGGCUGCUUUGGAGCGAGUGGUUUCAGGGGUUGAAUCUGUUGGAGAUGAAGAUAUUGCAAGAGCUCUAUUAGCUGCUUGCAAAGGUGCAGUAGAACCUGUAUUGAAUACUUAUGAACAAUUGUUAUCAAAUGGAGCAAUUUUACCAUCUCCAAAUUUGAGGUUACGCCUUCUUCGCUCGGUGCUCGUGGUGCUUAGAGAGUGGGCAAUGUCCGUUUUUGCACAUAGGAUGAGUACAAGUGCUACUGGAGCUUCUUUAAUCCUUGGUGGAACAUUUUCCUUUGGGCAAACCACAACCAUUAACCAAGGGGUUCGUGAUAAGAUUAGUAGUGCCGCUAACAGGUACUUGACUGAGGUCAGGAGACUGCCACUGCCACAGAGUCAAACUGAAGCAGUCUCUCGAGGUUUCCGAGAGCUUGAAGAAUCACUGCAAAGUCAUUUUCCAUUUGACCGUUUUUGAUAUUCCCUCUAAUUUAAGUUUGUUAGUAUUUAACAUUUCUUGUUUCUUUGCAUUGUGUUAAGAAUCAACACAUCUUUUCCAAUGAUCUGACCUAUUAAUGUGAUCUUCCACCUCAUUCAUCAUGGCGUUGCUUAUGGAAUUUCACUCUUAUUUGCAACCAUCAUUUGGCUGCUUAAAUGUUCGAGGCAGGGCCUGUGGAGCUGAAUAUUCUUCUUGUAUUGAGUGUUGCUAAGCUUAGACGUAGCUCACGACUAAUAAUAUUUCAGCACGUUGUAGAGAA